CUGCUGCUGCUAUUCGCCCAUCGGCUGUAAUGCAGGCGGAAAUGAACUUGGAAAAGAUUAAGAUUAAAGGAUCUGUAGUGCAACAUGAAGCCUCGCUGGCAUUUUCCAGCUGGGUAGGUCAUGUCAGAGCCGUGAGUAUUCAGCACACUGCCCUGGGUACUUGCAUCAGGGUGGGUGCUGAAGGGUCUGUAAGUUCUGCCAGUCUAACUCUCACUGCUCCGUGCUACCCCGGCAACUCCGCGGCCACCCUCUCAUGCUCCUGCUUCGCCUGAAGUAAAAGAAAAGCAUACCAAGAUGGAUUUGGGGUGCUUGGAGACGGUGGUAGCCAACUCCGCCUACAUCUCGGCCCGGUGCAGUAUUGAUGCCACCGCCAGCGUCCAGAUCGCCAGAGCUAAGAAAUACCGAGCUAAACUCAAACUGCCACACAUCACCCUGAGUGAAAGUCUACAGGAUGUGAUUGACACGGAGUUUGACAGCAUUUGCGUCAAUCAGCCCAUCGGGAAGAGGCUGUUCCAAGAGUACUUGGACACAGUCGCUCUAUACAAGCCAGCCCAUGAGCUGUGGAAAAGCAUUGAAGACUACGACACAGCAGAGGAUGAAGAGCGGGCUCAGAAGGCGAGAGACAUUAUCAGCAAGUUAUUGGAGUCGGGGGCAGAGCUCUUCUGUGGCUACCUGGAAGAGAAGUGCAUCUUGAGAAUCAAGGAAGACUGUGAGAAUGUAAGGGAUGACCUCUUCGCGGAAUGUAAAGAGCUCACUAUGAAAUUCCUAAAGACCAGCGGUCCCUAUGACUGUUACAAAGGAAGCAUGCACUUCAUGAGGUUCUUGCAGUGGAAAUGGCUCGAGGCUCAGCCCGUUGGAGAGGACUGGUUCCUGGAUUUCCGUGUCUUGGGUAAGGGAGGGUUCGGCGAGGUCUCCGCCUGUCAGAUGAAAGCAACUGGGAAAUUAUACGCCUGCAAAAAGCUGAACAAGAAGAGGCUGAAGAAGAGGAAAGGAAACCAAGGUGCAAUGGUGGAGAAAAAAAUCCUGGCUCGUGUACACUCUCCAUUCAUUGUCUCCUUAGCUUAUGCUUUCCAAACCAAGGCAGAGCUUUGUCUAGUGAUGACCAUCAUGAACGGAGGGGAUCUGAGAUACCACAUUUACAAUGUGAAUGAAAACAACCCAGGCUUUAGUGAGGAUCGGGCAUGUUUCUACACAGCUCAAAUUGUCUGUGGCAUGGAACACCUGCACCAAUGCCGGAUCAUCUACCGUGACCUGAAGCCGGAGAACGUCCUCCUUGAUAAUGAGGGCCACGUGAGAAUCUCUGAUCUUGGACUUGCCGUAGAACUGAAACCAGGUGAAACCAAAACGAAAGGUUACGCUGGAACUCCAGGUUUUAUGGCCCCAGAACUCCUUGAAAGUUUGGAGUAUGAUUAUUCAGUUGACUAUUUCGCACUGGGAGUCACCUUGUACGAGAUGAUAGCAGCCAAGGGCCCAUUCCGAUACCGGGGUGAACACGUUGAGAACAAGGAGGUGAAGAGACGAAUUCUCAAUGACCCAGUCACCUACUGUGCAAAAUUCAGUGAAAGUAGCAAGCUGUUCUGUGAGGCUUUGCUGGAGAAAGAUCCCAACAAACGCAUUGGAUUCAAGAAUGAGUGCUGCAAUGAAUUAAAGGCUCAUGCCUUUUUCACGGAUAUUAAUUGGAGAAAGCUUGUAGCUGGUAUACUCCCACCUCCUUUCACUCCCGACUCGAAAACAGUGUACGCAAAGGAUAUUCAAGAUGUGGGUGCCUUCUCAACUGUGAAGGGAGUCAACAUCGAAGAUUCUGACAAGAAUUUCUUCGAUGAAUUUGCAAUUGGAAACAUCUCCAUUCCAUGGCAGGAAGAGAUGAUUGAGACUGGUGUUUUUGCUGAGCUCAAUGUGUGGGGUCCCAAUGGUGGUUUGCCAAACGACUUGAGGAGAGAAUCAAUUCUGGAGCUUCCUCCCGCCAAGUCAGGAGUGUGCUCCAUUGCUUGAAGAUGCAACGCACUAGAUUAAGGUUUCUCUGCUUGUGGCUGAAACAUUCAGCUUGAACUAUAAAGGGUUGUUUCAAAAUCCAGGUUUUAUGGUUAUAUAAAAAUAUCAUGCAUCUCUCAUCCUGUAGCUCUGUAGUAAAGUCCUUUGCCUGUGACUCUUCAAAACUAUCAACUUCCACAAGUGGCCCCACUGGAAGAUGGUUGAGCUGGUCAGGAUCUACUAGUUUGUACUAUAAGAUUGUAACUAUUGUUAUUGUUUUCAUGUUGGACACUUAAAUGGCUGUGCUUACUGUCUAGCUGAGUUCAAGCUGAUAUCCACUCUCUCACCUCACUAUGACUCUCAUUAUUACAUUCGUUUUAGGGGAAUGGAGCCCUGUCCCACAGGGAGACUAAUUCUGCUUUCUAUUGGACUUUGGUCCGCGGGUGGGCAUUGAUCCUUGACCUUACCCCCUGAUGCUGUCCCAUCAUAAUCCCUGCCCAUGGCUGCCCAGGGAUGCAAAUUGUCCUGUAUUAGCCGGGAGAUCCCGUAUAUUGGGCUAAAUUGGUUUGUCCCAUACGGCACCACCCUUGCCCCAUAUUUGACUGCUACUAGCAGAUGCUCCUCAACUUACGAUGGGGUCAGGUUCCGAUAAACCCAUCAUAAAUCGAAAAUGCAUUUAAUAAUCCUAACCUACCAUCACCAGAGUGUUCAGGGUUGGAUCGUCAGGCACUUGUGGGUUUUCAUUCUCCGGGUUAAUUCUUCUUCAGUCCUGGAAGCUCGCCUCUUCUGUAUCCACUGCACGAGUUUUUCUCUCUCACUCUCUCUCUGUCUCUCUCCAGCCUCAGCUCUGAUACCUCGCAUACAAAACAACGGACUCAAUCGAGAUAAAUCAAGAUUAUUAAUUGUUAAAAAAGCUGUGUGUCACAGGCAAUAGAGACAGAAAAUGCAUAUCAAUUAUAACAAGCAAGGAUGAGAUCAGCCUUCCGACAUGUAAACAGGUCCUUCGGCUCUGAAUCGAUGCCAGGCACCAGCUAUCAUUCACACUCAUCUAAAUGCUGCAUAUUGUUUAUACUUUCCCUGUUCUCAUCAUUCUGUCGCACAUCUAUACAUGAGGGACAAGUUACAGUGGUCAAUUAACCAACUGGCCUUUGAGAUGUGGGAGAAAACCGGAGCAGCUGGAGGAAGAGCUCGUGGUCACAGGGAGAAUGUGCUAACUUCACAUAGACAGAUAGUGGCACCACCUGUCCUCAAAAGCCAGAACUUGCGCGAAACAAAGGGAGAAUUUGGAGACAUUCACUGCGUGUGAAGGUAGAGAAGGUUGAUGAAGUGAAGACAUAUAAAGAGUGAGACAAAGUGGUAGAAACAUGGAAAGGAGGACAGAAGGUGAGACAACAAUACUUGCAUUUAUUCAGCGUCUUUCACAAGCACUGGGCAUAUCCAAACUAAUUUCCCGCUAAUGUUUGAAUGAUUGAAGUACAGGCCUGUACUCCAUGGAGUUUAGAAGGAUGGGGGAUGGUGGGGGAGACCUCAAUGAAACUUAGUCAAAGGGUGGUCAUCUGUGGAAUUCAUUGGAGUCCAAGUCAUUGGGUAUUUUUAAAGCGGAAAUUGACAGGUUCUUGAAUAAUAAGGGUGUCAAAAAGGCCAUGUGGAGAAGGCAGGAGAAUGGGGUUGAAAGGAAAAAGAGAG